AUGUCGCAGGUCAGCAUCAUAGGAGCAGGCAUAUCUGGCCUAGUUCUUGGCCGAUGUCUGCUCCAACGAGGCGUACAGGCAGUCCUCUUCGAGAAAGCCCGGAAUUGCCCAAGACGGAACGACUAUGGCAUUACACUACAUUCAAGUAUCUAUCAACCUUUAUUGAAGGUCCUGGAUCUCGACGAAAAGACUUUUCGGCAACGGGUCGCCGUCGACUCUGCAACAGGUGGCGUUGGAAAUGUUGGGACCAAGGAUCGCACAUCAUUCAAGGCGAACCGCAAUCGAUUCGAGCAACUCUUGUCCGAGGGGCUGGACGUGCGAUGGGAACACGAAUUUGAAUCCAUUGAGAAACCUUCCGCCGAAGGAACAGGCCCGCAGACAAUUCAUUUCAAGGAUGGGAAGUCACACAGCAGCUCAACACUAGUUGGAGCUGAUGGGCCGCAUUCAAAGGUCAGAAGUCUGAUAGCAGCAGACUCAAACCUGCACAUUCUUCCCUUUGCAACUUACAAUGGCAAGAGAAGAGUGAGUGCGGAUGACUUUGAACAAAAAUUUGCUCCAGCCAUGCAGGAUCGGUGUGUUAUCGAGCAGCGUGUUUCCGACGCAUUGCUGCAAGUCUCCGUCAACGAUCGGAAAGAAGACCAAGUGAGCAUCAGCUAUGUGUAUUCACGUCCAGCCAAGCAGGGGGCAGACGACAAACUGUACCGACCAGAAAGGUCAAAGGAGGGCGCUAAACAGAUGCCAGAGGAGUUAUUCGACGAGAUUGAAAACCUCAAAUCUGGAUUGCAGGAGCCAUUCAAAUCCGUCUUUGAUGUAGAAGCCCUCCGCAAGGAUCGUUUGUUAAACUGGUUGAUGRGGUCGAUGCAUCUCAACGCAGAAACGCUGGGCGACGCAGCGAAAAGCGGCGUGGUGUUGGUGGGCGACGCUGUACAUGCCGAGCCUAUACUGGGCGGUCAAGGUGCUAAUGUGGCCAUCGAAGACGGCAUGUACUUGGCAGAGUAUAUUGCAGAGCACCAAGGCACCUCCUUUGAACAGUUCUACGCAUCGAGGAGCUCCAGUUGGGAAAGAAGUGUUGCUGAGAGCGAGUCUUGCAUAGAGCGAAUGCACACAAUGGUGCGUUCGAGUCUGUAG